AUGUGUGCGGUUUGCCAACUUCACCUCACUUGCCAAUUGUACACUUACCGAUCAAAUAGUCUCAAUCAAAAGAAAAGAAGAAAGAAAAAUCUGACGCGCAAAGUGCAAAGUACUCUGAUAAGAUUUGUCAGUGGCGGAUAAUUGGAGCCGGCGAGGAGACUUAUUGCAUCAGGACGCGGCGUUGUGAUCGCAAUGUUUGCGAAAUAGCAGCAAACAGCCAGAAGCUGGAAGCCGCUUCGGCGGCGAUCCACGCAGCCGAGGCGGACGACGGGAAAUCGAUGCUCCAGGGCGAGGCUGCCCUUCGUUUUAUUCUUCUCAAUCGUCUUUUCGUCAUCCGACUCCUUGGAUGA